AAGUGGACCUAGAUGGAUGGCUAAGGGCAUGAAUCAACUUUGACAACCAAUUAAAAGCACAAUCAUAUUCUUCCCUCUAUAAAAUAAAACCCUUGCUUCCUUCUUACAUGAUCAAACUACGUACCAAAAACAUAUCCUUCACAAAAAACUAACACAAUCACACAUUAAAAAUGGCACCUUCAUCAGAAACCAAUGUUACUUAUGCAAAAGAGCCAUUGAAUAAUGAGGAAGAAGAAGAAGCUCUUUAUGCAAAUGGAAUUCAAAUAGCAAAUUCUUGUGCACUUCCUAUGGUACUAAAUGCAACCAUUGAGAUGGGUGCGCUACAAAUAAUCUAUGAUCAAGCAGGAGCCGAAGGGCUCUUGCCUGCUGAGAUAGCAAGCCGGGUUCGUGCUCGAAACCCGGAUGCUCCAGCCAUGUUGGACAGGAUGCUUAGGCUCCUGGCCACAUUCUCUAUCGUCGGUUGCACCACUAUCUCUACCGCUGACGGCGGUGUCGAAAGGCGGUACAAGUCGACACCAUUGACUAAGGUUUAUGUUCCUGAUGAAGAUGGAGUGUCAUUGGCUCCUAACUUGAAGUUGUUUACUGAUAAGGUUUUUCUUGCAAGCUGGAGCAAGCUUAAAGAAGCAGUGUUAGAAGGAGGGAUACCAUUCAACAUGGUAUAUGGGAUGCAUGCAUUUGAGUACCCAGCUGUUGAUUCAAGGUUCAAUGAAGUCUUUAACAAGGCAAUGGCUCAAUCAGUUAUGUUUGUGAAGAAGAUUUUCAAUAAAUACAAAGGUUUGGAGAAUGGCGAUGUCAAAUGUCUUGUCGAUGUAGGUGGAGGUCUUGGUCAUUCUGUUCGUUUCAUAACAUCUCACUAUCCAACCAUCAAAGGCAUCAACUUUGAUCUACCUCAUGUCAUCGAAAAUGCCCCUCCAACUCCCGGUGUGGAGCAUAUUGGUGGAGAUAUGUUUGAAAGUGUCCCCAAAGGAGAUGCCAUCUUUAUUAAGUGGAUUCUCCAUGAUUGGAGCGAUGAACGUUGCUUGAUAUUGUUGAAGAAUUGCUACACGGCGUUGCCAGAGAACGGAAAGGUGAUCGUCGUGGAGGCGAUCGUUAACGACGAGCCCGAAACGACGAUUUUUGCACGGGCCAUUACCCAGGUGGAUCUAUUGAUGAUGACACAAAACCCAGGAGGAAAAGAGAGGAGUAAGAGGGAGUUUGAAGCUUUAGCCAAAGGAGCUGGAUUUGGUGGCAUUAACACCCAUUGUUGUGUGCAUGGUUUUUGGGUUAUGGAAUUCUACAAGUGAGAUUAACAAAUGACAUUGAUUUUGAGGGUUAGCAACUCUAUUAGGCGGUGUAAUACUUCAAGAUUUGUUAAAUUGAACUUUUCGCUCCUACUAGGAUUGGUACUUCAUCCGUUCCAAAAUAUAAGGCAUUUACAAUUUACGAAAAUUUGUUUUGAUCACAAAUAUUUUUCAUAAUAUGAUAAAUAAAAUUAUAAAAACUAUAUAGUUGGAUUUGUUAUGAAAAAUACUAUACUACAUUAAUUUUUUAUCCACGUAAACUGAGAGUAAUUAACGGUCAAAGUUCGACCUCGAACAUUGUGCGUGCCUUAUAUUUUGAAACGGAUAGAGUAACUCUCAAAGUGAACGUUGUAUACUUUCCCAGUUAAAAUGUAUGUGUAACAUUUGUAAUGUUCUCAUGAUUUGCCGCCAAAAAGUUGAAAAGAAUAUAAUCAAGGGUAUUUGUGUUAA